AUGGCGCCCUCUGCCCGUUGGAUUGAUAUGAUGAAUCGCUUUCGCAAGGACAUUAAAAAGAGUGAAGCAGAAGCCAAGAUAACAAAACAAAAGUUACAGCAGCGCUUAAAGGAACAAUUUCAGAAAGCAAUGGGCGGAACACCUGACUGGGCAGAAGUGACUGUGAGGAAGAGUCAUGGAAAAGAAGAUGAGUGUGAAGAUGAGGAUGAUAGUGAAGAAUUGCUGCGAAGGACUGGAAAUUUUAUUGGCUCAUCAGACGGCCUUCCAAAAGGAGCUAUUAAGAUAAAAAAGUGCUUGAAUGCUAAUAAUGCACGUCCAGGUGAUGAUCGGCUUACGACAGUACAGUUUCACCCAUCUGCUCAGAUUGUGAUGACGGCAGGUCUGGAUCACUCUAUAUCACUCUUUCAGGUUGAUGGCAAGAGCAACCCCAAAAUCCAAAGCAUCCAUCUGGAGAAUUUUCCAGUUCAUAAAGCUUCUUUUAGCAAUGAUGGGGAACAUGUUGUGGCCACUGGAAUGAGGAACAAGCUCUUCUACAUCUAUGACAUGAUGGAAGGCAAAAUUAUCCCCGUGUCCACUGUCCGAGGUCUGAAGGAGCAAAGGGUGAAGGACUUUGAGAUUUCUCCAGAUGGAAAACAUCUUCUCCUGUCUGGUUCCUCAGGAUAUCUCCAUCUAAUGACCACAAAGACAAGAGAAGUGAUAAGGAGUGUGAAGAUCAGUGGUAAUGUGUGUGCUGCAGCAUUCGCUGCCGACAGCAGUAAGAUCUUCACAAACUCUGAGGAAGGUGAGGUGUUCGUCUGGGAUGUGCGUACCAGUAAGUGUUUGAACAAGUUUGCAGAUGAUGGCUGUGUAAGAGGAACAUCACUUGCAUUGUCAAGAGAUGGCAUGUACCUGGCCUGUGGGUGA